AGGUACAAUUUUAUGACGAUCAUAUUUAUUUUGCUUUGAACUGGGCAAAAGAAAAUGUGGGCUUGGCUUCACUUCUUUGUGCAACACUUGAAAAUGUAGUUUAGGUACACUGUCACAGCAGCUGACGUACAAAGUAAAGUUAUUUUGCACUUCGCUCUAUCUUUUCAUGCAGGUUCUCAUGUGCCCAGUUCUCUAUGAGAUUAUACCUUAUUUGUUCUUACUUAGAACUACAGAACUUUAGUUCUACGUGUUAUCCUUAGCCAGGAUUUAAAAAUCUCUAAACUAGUUAGGAAGCAGAAAAACGCGCUGAGAAUGGCUUGUUAGGAUAAAAGAUAACGAAAAGUUUCAUUGAACGCCUUCCUUUGAAGUUAAAUAGUAUUUUAACUGUUACAUCUCUGUACGCAUAUGCUUUGCAUGCAUUCUUGGCCAUGAACUCUGAACUUCUACCUCUCAUUUAUACUAUACUGGGACUACGAAGCUGAAAGCUUCAUUCAAGAUAUGAGUUAUGACAUUUUAUCAUAUUUAGACCAGUCUAUCUUAUGUCUUAUGUGAAUUACCUGACACAUAUUUUUAUAACGGUCUCAAUGUGUAAAUUCUACAAAUGUUUUCGCCUCCUUAAUCAAAAAGAUAUUUUCUUAAAUUUUAGAAUUGUACUUAAAGGUAUUAAUCUGUGCAUCUAACACAUUGUUUAUAUUGUUUUUUCUGUGAUCUUAUGUAAUGCAAUGACCUCUCUUGUACAAUGCAAGAAAAUAAAAUGGAUUAUGAUUUCUGAAACCUUGUAUUUGGAAACUUUCCACAAAACAAAGUUCUGCUUGUUGUUGUGCUUUAUUCACACCGGGAGAAUAUGACUAUUCGCACUAACGGCAGAGCGGUAUACCGAACACCCGUAUUCUUAGGACGACUGGAUAGACCCAUAAAUUUCGCAUAUGGAAGUUUCAUCAGGAAUGAGAAAUCUAUAUACCAGUUUUGUUUGUUGUUGUGGUCGUGGCUUCAGCAAGUGACAGGUCCCACUAAUCUUUAAUUUGCUUGUCAAAAUUUAUUUUGAUAUUGCAUUAUUUUGGCUGUUUUCAUUUCUCUUCGUUUAAUCUCUGUUCCUGUCUCAUUGUGUUUUAGUUUUAAAACUCUCAUAAUGGAUAUGUCAGCAUUUUCUGAUGACAAUUUUGAUGCCAAAGACUGGAUAAAUGCAACAUUUCGCACACCAGAAGUGAAAGACAACAGAGAUGCAUUUGUAUCAUCGUUGGUCAUGAAGUUACAACUCUAUGUUCAACAAGUCAACAGUGCUCUCGAGGAAACAAGUCAACAGGUCUUACAAAGCUUACCAAGAGUCAUGCGAGACACAGAUGUUCUUCAGCAAGAGACCUUGUUGCUGCGCGAAAAAAUGAAAACUGUCAGAGAAGAGAUGUCCAAGGUGCAAAGUGACACUGGAGAGUCACUAGCAACUUUGGAGCACAUUGAUCAGCUGAAAAUGAGACUUCAAAAAGCCAAGCAAGCUUUGCAUGAGGCUGACAAUUGGUCUUUGCUGGCUGCUGACCUAGAAGAGGUAUUUGAAUCAGGGGAUAUUGAAAACAUGUCAUCAAGGUUGACUAAAAUGCAACAAUCACUGGGAGCUUUGACUAGUGUUCCUGACUACGAAGAGCGUCGAUUACAGCUGGAAGGAUUAAAGAACCGACUAGAAGCUAUUGCAAGCCCCCGACUAGUUCAAGCAUUUACUUCUGGGUCCAUAGAGCAAUCCAGGCUACAUGUUCGUAUUUUUGUAGACAUGGAUCGAUUGUCUCAGUUGCUUAAAUAUUACCAUAAAUGUCAGAAAGGCAUUCUUCUUCAGCAAUGGCGAGGACUUAUUGAAGUCGAACAAGAUGAAGGAGCUAUUCAUCUCCUGAAGUCAUGCUAUGAAAUGUUCAUCACUGCUUGGAAUGAUCAGGUCAAGUGGUGUAGCCAAGUUUUUACAACUGUUUCACCUGCUGUAAUAUUAGUUGAAUUGUUUGCGGAUACACUUUCUUCAUUAGAACCCAGUCUAAAUACAUAUUUUGAUUCUGCAAUGAAGGAAGAAACAGACCCUUUGUCUUUACUAUUGGAACAAAGUCAAUGUACUCAGCACUUCCUCUCCAAUCUUCAAGCCGCCAUUGAAGCAUCAUGCCAAGGGAAAUGUACUGUGUCUGAUGAUAAAUUACUCGCUCUUGCACAAUCUGUGUACCGUCCUUGGAUUCCAUAUAUCAAACAGUAUUCAAAACUUGAGUCUGAGAAUCUUAAGAAGCAAAUAUCUCCAAACCUCACAACUCAAGAAGAUCUUGCAGAGACUGUGCAAGCUAUAGGAUUAUCAGUCACAAGUGCUGUUGGAUUUGUGAUAGAUGCACAAAAGCGCUGUCUCAGGUUGAGCCAUGGGUGUGCAUACAUUGGUCUUCUCAAAGCAAUAAAGUCUUACUUCACCACAUACCUGGAUCAAUUCCAAACUGCCCUUAAGAGGCUAGACAAGCAGAAAGGGAAUGCUGAGGACUGGAAUAUGUUUCAAAUGUGUCUCACUCUUCUUCAGAGCGUGGGCCAGCUAUUGAGUGAAAUCCGCCAUCUUGAUAAAGAACUCCUGCAAAGUAUUUUAAAUAUUUCUAAAGUAUCACCAAACGGUAAAUAUAGUUCCUUCUCAAAUUUUAAAUUCUUGCUUCUGGAUGAAGUUGGUCAAAAAGAAUUUGAUCUCCUGUGCAAAUCAUUUCAAGAUGGCGGGGAAGAUAUUGUUCUAAAAUCAAUAUUAUCUGCUAUUGAAAAAUUAUGUGGAGAUGUGCAUCGCACAACAUUUGCUGUGAUUCUUGCUCCUAUAAUAGUGCAGUUAAAUCUAGUCCAAAGUGCACCAGCUUGGUGUGCAUCUGUUAGUAAAUCUCCAGCCCUAACUCUAGAUUUACCAGACUACAGCUUUGCACCUCAAGAAUAUAUCACCCAGGUUGGUCAAUACCUCAUGACUUUGCCCCAACACCUUGAGCCUUUCCUCUUGAGAGACAACCCAGCCCUCACCUUAGCGCUAAGUGUGGCUGUGUCUGAUAUAGUUGGAGGAAGUGCAGACUUACUGCUAGCUGGCGUUGCACGUACAACUUGUUUAACGUAUUGUGAUCGUAUUUUGGGCAUCUCUCAGCUCAGUGCGAGUGCUUGCAAACAACUUGCAACUGACAUUGAUUACCUUGGCAAUGUCUUAGAGGACUUGGGUCUCUGCAUAUCAGAUCAGCUGUCUCAACUAUCCACUCUCUUACGCAUUCCUGCCGAUGACUAUCAAGCCCAAAGCUCUGGUUGUCAGCCAAAGCUUGUCGCUGCAGUGCGCCAAAUGCGUGAAAUCACAACCAGCUAAUACUUUCUUACUAUGAAAUAGAAAUAAUGGAAUUUUGUGAUAUUUCAUAAUAUAUUAAAUAAAUAAUUACAUGUACACAUAUAGAUAUGGUGAAAAAUAAAAGAUCAAUUAUGCAAUAAUUUA